CAGCCUUGAUUGAUAAAUCUCUGAUUAUAUGCUUUUUCUUUCUUUUUUGUUGAACAUAAAGUUUCAUAUUGAGGAACAGGUCCGUGGUUAGAUUCGAUGGGCUCGUGCUAUUCUUCCCGAAGGAAGAGAGAUGUAGAAGAAGCCCUAGACUCUUUGGGCUGCUCCUCUGCAUCCCCUACCCUUUCUAGGAGGUGGAAUUCAUGGAUAUUGAAGAACAAUCCGAAUAAGAAGAGAAAAAACAGUAGCGGUGAUCCAUAUACAUCAGGUUCUGUUGAUUUCUCCUUCCUUGGAAAGAUAGAUGCAUCUGAACAAGAGCUCCAUAGAAUUGCCGGGAGAAUGUUUGUAAACGGUGCCAGUGACGUCGCUUGCUUAUUUACCCAGCAGGGUAGAAAAGGUACCAAUCAAGACGCAAUGCUUGUUUGGGAGAAUUUCAGUUCAAGAAGUGAUACAAUCUUAUGUGGAGUAUUUGAUGGUCAUGGUCCAUAUGGCCAUAUGGUCGCGAAAAAAGUUCGGGAUUCUCUUCCCCUUAAGCUGAGCUCCCUGUGGAAAGUUAACUCCUGUAGCAAUCAAAGCAGAAGUGUUCCUGAAAGCAUGAAUUCUGAGGAAACAGCAUCUACUUGUAUGGAUGAGGAAUGGUGUGAAUCCUUAGAUGUUAAUGAUGACGAUGAGUUACCUGAGAUGUAUCUGCCUUUGAAACAGUCUCUGUUAAAGGCUUUCAAGUUAAUGGAUAAGGAAUUAAAGAUGCACCCGACAAUUGAUUGUUUCUGCAGUGGAACUACUGCUGUAACUUUGGUAAAACAGGGUCAGGAUCUUGUACUUGGAAAUCUAGGAGACUCAAGAGCAGUACUUGGGACAAGAGAUGACGAGAACAAUUUGGCUGCUGUGCAAUUGACUGUGGACUUGAAACCCAACCUUCCAGGGGAAGCUGCAAGGAUUCAACAAUGCAAAGGAAGAGUGUUUGCCUUGCAGGAUGAGCCGGAGGUUGCACGAGUAUGGUUACCGAAUAAUGACUCACCAGGCUUAGCAAUGGCUAGAGCUUUUGGGGACUUUUGCUUAAAGGAUUUUGGUUUGAUUUCUGUUCCAGAUGUUUCUUAUCGUCGUCUUACAGAGAGAGAUGAAUUCAUCGUUCUUGCAACUGAUGGGGUCUGGGACGUUCUCUCGAACAAGGAAGUUGUGGAUAUAGUGGGUGCAGCCCCAAGUCGAGCUACAGCAGCCAGAGCACUUGUAGACUGUGCUGUUCGAGCAUGGAAGCUCAAGUUCCCUACAUCUAGAAGUGAUGAUUGUGCUGUUGUCUGUCUCUUUUUAGAGCCACCAUCUUCUGUCAGUCAUGCUCAAGAGGAGUCUGCUUUGGCAAAUGCACUUGAGAAGGUAGUGAAGCCAACACCUAAAGUUGCGACAGACAGAGAAACUGGAGAUGGUAUUAUUCAGAAUUCUAGCCUUGGUAGCAAUAGGGCCCAUGGUCAUAUUCUUGAGAGCUUUGCACUACAAGGCUUUGAUGAAAUUGUGCCUGUUUCGGAGUCAACAACUGAAAAACUUCCGGAGAGGUGUUCCUCUGCUAAGAGUCUGGCAGAGUACAUUUCAACUCCCGAGGAUGAGGAGUGGUCAGCCCUUGAAGGUAUUACAAGGGUGAAUAGUUUGCUAAACCUUCCCAGAUUCCUUUCUGGGGAUAGGACAGCCAAUUGGAGAAAGUGGUUGUGAAACAGUCAUGGUCAUCAAAUUUAUGCUAAGCUUGCACAGGCAAAAAAGUUUCAGUGUCAUCGUGACUAUCGUUAUUUUUCCAAAAAAAUUACAAGAAUAUGUUGUAAAUCACGAACAAACCCCAUAAAUUAAGUCCUCGAUGUAUAAAUCACUGCUAAAUACUGUGAUUGGUGGCUUUCAUUUAUGGUCGUU